AUGGUGGGGGAUGCAGAAAGCUACGUGGAGUUCAGGGACCUUCCUCCAUUCCCACCUGGCUCCUCCUCUUUGGUGGUGCUGGACGGAGCAGGGACCUGGGGGAGCCCCAAGGCUCAGGAAGAUGGGAGGGCCAAGAAUGGGACAGGCCACCAUGGAAUGCUGCCGGAGGGCACCGACCUGCCGGUUAAAGAGAGGACAGGAUGGGUGGUGCCUCUGGCUGACACUCUGUGCACAACCCUCACAGUGCUGGUGACACUGGAAGAUGGCAGCCCCCAUACUGGGGAGAUCUUCAGGCAGACCUACAGGAAGUUUGACAGAAAUUCGCAGAACGAUGACGCAUUGCUCAAGAACUACAGGCUGCUCUUCUGCUUCCGGAAGGACAUGGACAAGCUCACUGAUCAUCCCAGUGAUGAUUNCGCCAGGACCUCCCUUUGCUUCCUAGAGUCUGUCCCAACACCCACUAACAACGAGGAAACUCUGCAGAAAUCUAACCUAGAGCUGCUCCGAAAGUCCCAGCAGCUCAUCCUGUCCUGGCUCCAUCCCGUGCAGUUCCUCAGCAGUGCCUUUGGCAACAACCCACUGCAUAGUUUCUUAAACAGCUUCAUCUAUGACUACCUGAAGGACCUAGAGGAAGUCAUCAAAACUCUGAUGGGGAGGCAGCAAGAUGGCAGCCCCCAGACUGGGGAGAUCUCCAGGCAGACCUACAGCAACCUGGACAUCGACUUGUACAAAGAUGACGCACUGUUCAAGUACUACAGGCUGCUCUACUGCUUCCGGAGAGAUAUGCACAAGUUCGCAACAUUCCUGCGCAUUGUGAAGUGCCGCUCUGUGGAGGGCAGCUGUGGCCUCUAG